AUGGGUGAUCGUUAUUAUGGAGGGACCAUGCAUGUUGAUCAGAUGGAAUUACUUUGCCAGAAAAGAGCAUUGGAUCUUUACAGCUUAAAUAAUGAAGAAUGUGGCGUUAAUGAUCUCUUGCUAAUUUUUAUGUAUAUACGGUAUAUUAAUGAGGCUUUAUGA